UCAUAACCGAUUCAAGCUAUGCGGCGCUAAUGACUGCUAAAUUUGAUGUCAAUAAGACUCUCGCUUUUUGGACACCGGAAAGAAUGAAAAGUGCUAAGCCGUUAAUGCCUAAAAACAUUGGAUUUAGGAAUAAAACAAGAAGUGGUGCUAAAAAUGCAAAAAUCAUGGUUGAUGAUGAUGAUCAAACAUUAUCUAUGGAUCCUUUCGACAAUCCUAAUAAUCCACUUAAUUAUCCCAUUGGAAUGUUAUUUUUCUCUGACCCUGAAACUGGGGAACCACAAGUUUGUACUGCCAGUGUAUUCAAUACUGAGAAUGGAAAUAUUGGAAUGACCGCAGCGCAUUGUCUUUUUAAUGAUGAUGGCAUACAAUUUAAUAAUAUAGCGUUUUCGCCUGGUUUUGAUGAUCCGGAUGGCUUUACAUUGCAACAAUAUACGGGAGCUAAUGGUUGGAGAUUAGGUCUAGAAGAUGAUAAUAUUGUAACAACUGUAUUUGGUUAUCCACAAAACGGUGAUAUGCCAGAUUGUCCAAAAGAUGGAUUUCACCUUUGUGUGAUGGUAAACACUGUAGAACGAAGAGAUACUGAAUAUGUCAUACCCGGCGUGAAUUUAGGAGACGGUGUAAGCGGUGCUCCUUGGACAAUUGAACAUGACCCAAAUAGGAAUUUAGGUUAUAUGUAUGGUAACCAUGCAUUUUAUAAUACAGAAGAAAACCAAAGUGAAUCAACUCGUUAUAAUCCCGAAGAUUUUAAUGAUUUAUUGGAAUAUGUUUCAGAAAAUUAA